GAUUAUUAAUUUAUUAUGCAUCAGAGGAUGAAAAGUGAUAUCAGAUUUGAUUAACUUAAACUUGAUUACUUAUAAGGAAAUAGUUCAAAAAUACUAAAAUCAGAAUAAGAUUCAACCUAACCUUCAUAAACAUUAAUAUUUUAAGGAAACUUUCUUGAAAAUAAAACAGACAGACAACUAUCUCCUAUAAUAAAUAGUUUUAGACCAAGACAUAGAUUAAAGUAAUGCCAGUCUCUUGCUCUUGAGAAUGACCCAGAUCUUGAAGAGUUUUCUAUUUGGGGUGAUUUGGAAGAAUUGCCAGUCGGAAAUGAUUAAAACAAUCAAUUAGUUUCUUUUUUGGAAUUAUACAAGUAUCGAUAUGAAAAAACAACAAAGAAACCAGUUUCUUGUUAUGAUGUUAUUCUGAUGACAAAAAAGUAAAAUUAAUGUUUAUAAAGAUCAGAUUGAUAAAUAGACAUUCAAUAGCUAGAUUAAAAUAUUAUGGAAUAAACAAAAUAAAAUGGAUAGAUUUUAGAGACUGGAGUAGAUCAAGCAAUCUUAAUUCUUUAUGA